UCUGCCAUUCUCGCGCGAAAUGUAAACAAAAAGUAGUUUCUAAAAUGCAAACUUUUAUAAUAAGAAAAGAGAGAACUAAUCCAAAGAAGCUUAUCCAAUGGUGUUUCUUGUAAAUAUUCUUCAACGGAUAUUUUUGUUAAGUAGUAAAAUAAUUAUAUUUUUAUGGAUUAUGGAAGAGACGACAUUGAACGCCCUUCAGCAUGAAGUGGAUUUUUAUCGGCAGAACCAGUCGGUAUUGGAGGAUGAGAUCCGCACGGUGAUAGGUGACAACCAGAAGCUGUCGCAGCAGGUGGGGCAGUUACUACGGGAGAAGUUGCAGCAGGCUCAGAUAGAUGGCGGGGAGGGAGGGGAGCUGCACGCGCAACUCACGUUGCUUACCAAGGAAAGGGACUCAUUGCAUGUACUGUGGCAGACAUCGCAGAAAACCAUAGAGGCCCUAGAGAAUGAACUGAAAGCUUACCAGAGCUAUGAUACUAGAGGACAGCAGCACAAUAGCAAUGAAGAUAAACGAGACACAGAACUCAAACUCGAAACAGCACUAAAUGACUACUUAGAAAUAGAAAAGAAAUACAAAACUCUACAAACGAAAUGUUUCUCUCUAGAACAAGACUUAAGAGGUAAAGAUAAUGAAAUCGUCCUUUACAAAGACCGAAAUAAACAGGCAGAAGACAAAAUAGCAGAACUAAGUAAAACUUUAGAAGAGUGUAGAAUAAACUUUGCAGCAGAAAAGAAGAAUAAUGACGAGCUGAGAACACAGUUGAGUGUAUGCCAAAAAGAAAUUGUAGAUAGAGUCAAGAGAGAAGCGGAAGCUAAAUCUAAGGUUGCAGAAGCAUUACAACUCUUCGACGUCGUAUCUGCCCAGAAGAACGAAGCCUAUAAGAAAAUUAAAGAGAUCACUGGAGAACUAUUACAAGCAAAGCAAGAGGUUGCGAGUGCAAAACGCACUGUAGAAGCAAGUUACAGGACAGAAUUGGACGCAGUAAGAGACAAGUACAAUGAGAAGAUAGCAGACAUGCUCGCUCACAUCAGGAACCUUGACACGGAGCUGGUGGAGAAGGGGAUGCUUUUGAACAAAGCUUUAAGGGAAGUAAAAGUUCUUAAAGAGGAGAAUGAAAGUUAUCUGGAAAAGCAAAAGGAUUGUCUUCACAACGUGAAUCCGAAGUUGCAACUUGCAGAACAAAGACUGGAAGCGAUGUUUCAGGAAUUGGUGGCAUCAGAGAGGCGAAACAUACAACUGUUAUGCGAGAAGCAAAGUCUAACGAUAGACAUUCAGAGAAUUCAGGAUAUGCACACGAGAGAAACUAAACGCAGGGACUGGGAGGAAAAUCUGCUCAAGACACAGUGUGAAGAACUCAAAGCACAAGUGGAGCACCUUCAAAAAUCGUUGGAAGAGACGCAUGGAAUGGUGAACAAAUUGCAAAAUAUGUUGUCGUCGAGGACGGAACUGAGUCACAAAAUGGUGUCCACAAAGGAAGAAGAAUUAAUGGAGUUAAACAAACAUUUAGAAAAUCAGAUGGAAUUAAGCAGAAAAUGGAAAGAGUCCUAUGUGGAUAUGACAGAAAAACUAAAGAAACGAUUAGAGGAGAUACAGAAAGAAAAUAAUGAGUUAAGAAAAAAGUUAAAACUACCCUCUGGCUCAUCCGACAACAACACUAGUAGUUGAAAUAAAAACAGCUUUUUUUACACUUAAAAAAAUGUGCAAUAUUAAGAAUAAAAUACAUUAAGAGAAAAAAAUAUCUUUCUUACACUUUAC